CGUGACUUUGAGUGAUAUCUAAGCAUCAUCCAAUCGACAAAACGACACAGUGAACAGACAAAACUGAGCACUCUUUUUUGGCUUCGCUUUCUUUGUAGAAUCUGACAACCCCAGAAAAAGAGCUUCAAUCUAUGGUCUCUGAGUAAAUGGCGUCAACUAUUUUAACAAAGAGUCUAUUGGGUCAUCGCUUGAUUCACUCCUCUUUUUCUCUUGCCCAUAAAACCCCACAAAUCUUUACUUCUCUCUUCCCUGGAAGAACAUUUCAGAAAAGAGCUGACCCCAUCCAUACAUCAUAUAAGCCAUCUCAGUGGGUUCGUUGUGUAGUUGGGACAAGAGCUAAUUUCUCAACGCAAUCUUUAUCUUUGAACGAACCUGUUGUCUCUGUUGAUUGGCUCCAUGCGAACCUCCGGGAGCCUGACAUGAAGGUGUUGGAUGCAUCCUGGUACAUGCCUGAUGAGCAGAGGAAUCCAAUUCAAGAGUAUCAGGUUGCUCACAUUCCUGGUGCCCUGUUCUUUGAUGUAGAUGGAAUAGCAGAUCAAACUACAAAUAACAAUUACUUGUAUCAGUUGCCACACAUGUUGCCAUCAGAGGAAGCUUUUGCAGCUGCUGUUUCUGCUCUUGGUAUUGAGAAUAAAGAUGGAUUGGUGGUUUAUGAUGGGAAAGGUAUCUUUAGUGCUGCUCGUGUUUGGUGGAUGUUUCGAGUCUUUGGGCAUGAAAAGGUCUGGGUGCUAGAUGGAGGUCUGCCAAGAUGGCGCGCUUCAGGAUAUGAUGUUGAGUCUAGUGCUUCUGGUGACGCUAUCUUGAAAGCUAGUGCUGCCAGUGAGGCAAUAGAGAAAGUAUAUCAAGGCCAGAUAGUAGGACCAAUCACAUAUCAAACAAAGUUUCAGCCACAUCUUGUCUGGACACUUGAGCAGGUUAAAAGUAAUAUUGAAGACAGGACUCAUCAACACAUAGAUGCUCGUUCAAAGGCCAGGUUUGAUGGCGCUGCUCCAGAACCUCGAAAGGGAAUAAAAAGUGGUCAUGUUCCUGGCAGCAAGUGCAUUCCAUUUGCGCAACUGUUAGAUUCUUCACAGACACUCUUACCAGCAGAUGAGCUUAAAAAACGAUUUGAUCAAGAAGGCAUCUCUUUGGAAAGCCCUGUUGUUACUUCAUGCGGGACUGGUGUAACUGCUUGCAUUCUUGCUCUGGGUCUCCAUCGACUUGGAAAGUCAGAUGUUGCAAUCUAUGAUGGAUCUUGGACUGAAUGGGGAGCUAAUCCUGAAACACCUGUUGACUCUUCAUAAAUCUUACUAAUGUAUCAGAUGUCAGCAGCCACAUGCAUGGCGUGAAGUUUUCCUGUUAAAUACUCAGAUUGUGAUGAAAGAUGUGCCUAAAACAGUUGGAUAUAAGAGUUGCAUUUUUUUUUUCUUGUCAAUUUUGAAGUUGUAAUUUGCAUUUCGUGCUCCAAAACAUUGGCAUCAAAAUAAGAAUAGAAAAAAAGAGUUCUGAAGGAGAAAUUGAUUUUAAAUCAA